CCUAUCGCGUUCGCAGUGCUAGUUUGAAUACAUACUCCCAGCCAUCCCAAACCCUUCAAGUGCUGUAUUAGGCCUCGCUCUGCGAAAGCUAUGGCGCUCAUUCAGCAAGAUGUUAACUAUUAAGGGCACGAAGAUCAUCCUUGUUGUCUAAAUCUGUCAUGCAUCCCGAUAUCGUACAUAUCUUGUUUCAUCUUGUUGUAUCGAUCUCAUGAUGACCUGGUCCACAUAUAAUACACACAUCUGGCACCUUGGCACCUCCCGGGGACCCAACAAGGAGCAGGCUCACGUACUUAAGAUCUCCUGUCGAUAGCCAACACCUUUACGCGUGGCAACUGUCCUCGACUCAACCGUGACAUAUGGUCCGUAGGCUGCAUAUUCACAGAGCUCAUGUUGAGAACCCCGUGCCUUCCCGGUGAGAGCGACAUGGACCAACUCAAAACCAUCUUCCGGGCACUCGGAAUUCGUAUGAUCUUCUAUGACAUGCUUGUAACUUAUGCUUUCACAAGGGCCACACCAAACUGCCAGAUUACGUGCCGGUUGAACAAUUCCAAAGAACGCCCCUUCGCGACCUCUUCACUGCCGCUUCUGGAGAUACGCUUAAUCUUCUUAGCAGGUUUCUCAUGUACGAACCUCGAAAGCGCAAGAGACGCUCUCAACCACGCAUACGUUUUCGCCCUGCCACAUCCGUCACACCCCUCCAAGCUGCCUAAACCUGCUUCUCAAACAUCCCGCCCUCUGGAAGAACUCGAUGGUAGCGUUGACACGGCCAGCGCAAGGUCCGGCGUCAAAGCCGCUGCACCCAACAAGCUCAAACGAAAUUUGACCUCCCCCGAUGGCACCGACCUGAAACCACUCGCUCGCAGAUUAGACUUCACUCAACAUGCGAAAAAUUCGUGAUCACUGUGUUGACGACCAAUGACUCCGCGCACCUUCAUUGGUCGUGUAUAUAGCGACUAGCCUUGCAAUGUAGGAAAUAAGGGAAUAUGUAUGAGCUAAACUUGAACGUGGUAAUGGAUAAAAACAAACACGGUAGAAUGAAGUACAGG